GCGACGGGACGAGGAACCCGGGGCGGCUCACGCGCUCUCCGUUUCGUUGGUGGGGAGGUGAGAGCGUCGUGUGGAAAGCACCGGUAGUAUGCGGACGAGGCGGCCAGUGUCGUUUGGUCGCUGUUCGCGUACGCUCGUGCCGUCUCCCGUCGUGUUCUGUUCGCGUCCCGCGAAACCCGCGCAACAUUAUUGAUAAUAAUAUAAUAUACGAGUACGACUCGCACAGCCGACAAUACGUGCGUCGUCCGCGAAAUUUAUUUCGUUUUAAUAAUUGCAAACGCAAACAAAAAACCAUAUCGCGUCCGUCGUUUUUUUCUUAAUAAUAAUAAUAUUAUGUACGUCUGGUCGCCGUCGGUCGUCGUCGUCUGACGGAACGCACUCGGCAGUGCGCGCGGACCACAUAGCUCUUUAUACUCAACGUCGUCGUGGUGCGCGUGACAUGACACGCGGGCGUUCGCGCGACGUCUUCGCGGCGACGGCGUCGUCGCUGUUGCUCCUACCGCUGUUGCUGCUGUCUGCCGUCGUGGGGUCGUUCGCUGACAACGUGACCGUGUUCCGGUGCUGCGGUCGCGGCGAAAUGCUCGACCCGACCGACGUGCACGGGCCCUGCGCCCUGCUGCCGACAACGUUACCGCCGGACUUCGUGCCUGUCAUCUUCGACGUGACCAGCAACCAGUUCUUGAACCCCAACGAGCCACCGCCGGCCUACUGGAACCUGGUCCACGAACGUCCGCCGUGCCGGCCCGCCAUGUUCCUGCCCGCCGCCAUACCGCACGACGCACCGCGGUUCGUGUCGUUCCUCAACGGCACGCUGUUGGCGCAACACUGGCCCAAGAACCUGAUGGUGGACCCGGGACUGUACUGCUUGGACCGGGCCGGCGCGCUGGUGUGCCUGCCCGACGAGCCGAACAAGACGAAAAAGUGCUGCGGCCCGUCGGCGGUGUACAGCGAGACGAACGGCGGGUGCGAGUUCUCGGGCCGGCACGACACGGCCGAUCUGCCAGAAGACAUAACGUCCGGGUUCCCGCGGUGCGACGACGACGCGUACAUCUUGUCGGGCCGCAUCAACGAGUCGCACUGGCCCGUCAGCGGCGUGUGGCCCGCGGGCGGACAGCUGCGCACCGCCGACGGCGGCACGCUCCAGCCCCGCGAAUACUGUCUGGAACGCGUGCUGGAAGACACGCAGGAACCGCGCACGUGGACCGUGUUCACGUGCGCGCCCCGGCACGGCGUCGAUCACGUGACCAAGAGCUACCGCGAGGACAUCCGCUUCACCCUGUACCCGCUGGGACUGUUGCUGUCCGUGUUCUUCUUGGCCGUCACCCUGGUGGCCAGCUGCAUGCUGCCCAGCACUUACCACGUGCUCCACUGGAAGUGUCAAGUCAACCACGUCGGCUGUCUGCUGGUCGGCGACCUGUGCCUGGCCUUCGUCCAACUGUCCGGCGACUCUUUGCGCGGACCGCUGUGCGUCUUCACAGCCAUUGUAAUGCAUUUUGUCUUUCUGGCGGCGUUUUUCUGGCUCAACACGAUGUGUUUCAAUAUAUGGUGGACGUUUAGGGACUUGAGACCCGCCAACUUGGAUAAAGGCCAAGAGGCGUGUAGACUUAGACUAUACCAGUUGUACGCGUGGGGUGUACCCUUGGUGAUCGCUACGCUAGCCGCUGUAUUGGACCGUAUUCCACCAGAUCAAUACAUGUCACUGAUCAGACCUAAAUUUGGCGAACAUCGUUGCUGGUUCUAUGGUGACGCAGAAGUUCUAUCAUAUUUCUAUGGACCAAUUGGUAUUUUGUUGAUGAUGAAUCUAACAUUGUUCGCGGCCACGGCUAGGGAGCUGACGUGUGGUUUAUGGAGAACCGAAGUAGUGAAAUCUACUAGCGAAAGAGCGACGCUGGGCCGCGUGUGUCUGAAACUCGUGAUCGUCAUGGGAAUCACGUGGGUGGUGGACGUGCUGUCGUGGGUGAUCGGCGGACCGGAUUACGUUUGGUACCUGACCGACCUGAUGAACGCGCUGCAAGGGGUGCUCAUAUUCAUAGUGGUCGGCUGUCAGCCACAGGUGUGGAUGGCCGUCAGGCGCAUGUGGUGCCUGCGCACCGACAACCCGUCGGACGGCGGCAACGCUCGGUCGUCCACGUCCAACGCGAUGCCGUCCACCGUCAACGAGUCGACGCUGUCCAAACCGGUGGAGACGCUGUGUUGAUGUGGACCGCCGCCGCCGCAUCCCUCACCGCACGCCCGCACGCUGCAUACUCACGCAGAGAGCACACGCACGCACACCGCAAGCACACGUACACGCGCGACCAAAGCGCAACAACGACGACAAGCACAGACGUUGUAUACAUAGACAAUAACAAUACCGUCGUAACUCGUCGUCAUCAUCAUCAUCACCACCACCAUCAUCAUCGUCACCAUCAUCGUCAUCAAAAUCAUAUAAUCAUCGCGACACGGCGACAUGUCUGUCGCCGUCCACUGACCACUGCUGCUGUUGCUGCAGACUUCCGUCGUAUAAACGGCAUAAUAUAAUAUCAUGUUAUACGAACAUUGCGAGGUCUGUGCGCCAUCAUCGACGGACUCGCCGACCGCUCGUCGGCGUACGACGUGCACAAUCGUUGUAUAAUGUCCGUACGGUUAUCUUAAAAAUCAUCUUGCCCGCAAACGGAAUGUUUAGACUGACAAAUCUUUGUUUUAUAAUUGUAAUUUUUUUUUUUUUUUUUGUCUUUAACCAGUAUUAAUAAAUAAGUAUAUAUUAUGAUAUUUUAUGGUAUUUAUUAUAUAUUAUACAAUAUUGCAGAUGUGUAUAUUCAUAUUGUAUAAUAGUAAUAUCGAAUUUAGAAGAAAUUUUCACGCACAUUUUAUGAUUAUUUAUUAUUUAUUAUUAUUAUUAUUAUUAUUUCUCAUUAUUACUAUGUUAUAUUAUAUGUAUUCGUUCACCGUGUCGUCGACGACGAGCUUAUAUUAUAAUAUUAUGUGUGUGUGCGUUUUUCUCGUCGACGAAAACCUGCAAAGGACCAAAAAUAUUUUUAUUACGUACAAUCGCGCUUCAUCGGCGCAUUCUCUCUCGACCCGAUUAUAUCGUUGACUAAUGACUAUAUGAUAUUAUUUAUAUAAUAUCAUUACACUAACCGACUGUGUGGACAAAUCAAAUGCCCAUAAUAUUAUCGUUUUCGUUUGAAUAUAUCGAUGACAAAACUAUUUGUAGUCAGUAUUUAUAGAUAUAUAAUAAUAAUAUAUAUAUCUAUUUUUUAUAUAAUAUACUCAAUAUCUACCGAUGUAAAAUUUCAAUCACAAGUAAUAAUAUAUGUACUAAUUUAAUUCAUAUGAUAUAUUUAGGUACACUAGAACAAGUAAAUGAAUCGUUCGCAUUAUUUUUUUUUAAAUAUUAUGGCCGUUGUCCAUAUAGUAAUAAAAUUAUGUCCUCUACGCGUAAAUCAUAAUAUUUUGUUUAUCCCAAUACCACUAAUACAUUUUUCAAUUUUAUACGGUUAAGACAUUUCCGAUAAUAUUUAUGCGUAUGUUUAUUUUUACUUUUUAAUGAUCUGUAACAAUUUAUCAUAAAUCAGCUAUUAUUUUUUUUAAUUUAACAUUUUCCCAUCGAAAACAUUUAACUUAGAUUUUAUCUUGUGAAAAAAAACCGUAUAAAUACAAAAAUGUAGUUUGCUUUUUGUCCUUAAUAACACGUUAAUAUUGGCAUAAAAAUACGAGAGCUGAUAGUGAAAAAUUGUAUUUUAUUCGUGUUUGUAUUAUUAUCAUUAUUAUAGAUUUGUUUUCCUUGUGGUUGACAUCUUUUUAUAUUAAGUUCCUGUAAGCCUAUCUAAUUUAUUAAUAAUUUUUAACAAUAAUCUAUUUAUAUUAAAUUGUAAUUUUUUUUUUUUUUUAGUAUUAAUAUUAUUAUUACUUUUUUUUUUAUUUAAUAAGCCUGAUACCGCGUUAUUUUUGUGAAGAUCUUUAUGGAACUAUGCGUCAGUUGUAAGUUUGUUUUUAAAAUUAUUUUGUAGUAUUUUUUUUUUUUUGUAAUUUAUAAGAAGUUAUAUUGUGUAAGUCAUCGGAUUAAGACUGUGUAGAUAUGAUGUACCUACCUAUUUAAAAGAAAAGCAAAAUUGACGGAGUUGUUAAAUAUAUUGUAUUUGUAAAUAUUAUAA